UAAAACGUAAUUUUUCCCUAAAAAAAAAAACUUAUUGUACAACCAGGAAGUGAAGGGUGCAGAUCAUUUCAACGCUUAUUGUGGCAUUGUCAAACCCAGAUAAGAGAGGAUCCGACACACAACACAUGGCUUCUGAGGAGGCUAUCACUGACAAUCAUGAAGCCAUGGAGCCUGUGGAAGACACUGAACCCAGUACUUUGCUAUUUGAAUCUACAGAAAAGUAUCCAGUCCAAGAUACUGAGAUUCCUAAAGAGGACGAUUGUCUUGUGAAUCAUAUCCCUUUGGAAAUUCCAACUCAUUCCCCGGGAGCUCCCACAUCAGACAGGAUAAAGCAGCCUGAAGAAAAUGACUGUCCGAUAAUGACUAUCAACGCAUUAUCUGAUUUAACAAAAAUCAGCAACUUGACGCAGGAAAGCAACGAGACCUGCUGUUUCCCACCAACUAUUAGUGACUUGCUGAAUGACGAGGAUAUGCUGUAUACUCUCCAGAUUAAGUUAGAUCCUUGCUAUCCUACUGUGAAAAACUGGAGAAACUUUGCCAGCAAGUGGGGAAUGAGUUAUGAUGAGUUAUGCUUUCUGGAGCAAAAGCAACAAAGUCCUACCAUUGGGUUCCUACUACGCAAUAGUGAAAGGUCUGUGGAUCAGCUGAUUGACUUGUGCAAACUCUAUAAACGGGUUGACGUCCAGAAAGUGUUAUCGAAAUGGGUCAAUGUGGAAUGGCGUCUGAGGCUACAUAAUAAUUUCAAAAGCAGUGUGUGAACUAAAAUACUUGUGGACUUAUUUUGCUUCCAUAUGCAUAAUUACUAUGGCAUUUACUGUAUGUCUGGUCUGGUUAAUCAAACAUUACUUGCUUUUUUUUCUCUCCUUUGCACAUAGAAAUUGUUUUUAUUAUGCUUUAUUUUUAUAUUUUGUAUCCAGCCAACUGUUUCCUGUUAGGGAUGCUAU